AUGUCGACCAAACGGAAACUCCCCCAGAAGAUCGCCCAGCCAAAGCUCAACCAGAGCGCAAAGGUCGCAGGCAAUGGUACCUUGGACGAGUCAAAGACCGUGGUUUCUGGUGGCGGGAAUGCGAAUGGUCUCAAGGCACGCGUGAAUGGUGCAAAGGAUGUAGUCGAAAUCUCCAGCGAUUCGAAUAAUGAGGAGGAGGGGGAAGGGGAGGAUUCGGAGGCCGAGGGGGAUGAUGUCGCCAUGGAAGAUGCAGAUGCGGAUGCUUCAAUACCCCAGGAAACCGGAGACAGCGGCGAACCAAGUCUAGGUGAUCUUGUCCGAGCAAACGCGGAGGAGCCGAUCGACGUCGUGGGCGCAUUUGAAGAACCUUCAUCUCGCAGCCUCUACCCCCAGAGCAAGCAAAUACAGCCGCCGUCUGGCGCGUCGCUUGGUACAGUGCUCACGCAGGCCCUCCGGACGAACGAUGUCGCGUGGCUGGAAUCCUGCCUUCAUACCGCCGAUGUCAGCAGCAUCCGAGCGACAAUCCAACGUCUCGACUCCCCCCUCGCCGGCACAUUACUUCAAAAACUUGCCGAGCGCUUGCAUAGAAGGCCUGGGAGAGCGGGGACUUUGAUGGUGUGGGUGCAAUGGACGCUGGUGACGCACGGCGGGUAUCUGGCGACGCAGCCAGACUUAAUCAAGAAGCUAUCCGAGCUGAAUAGGGUUAUCGACGAGCGAGCGAAGGGUCUGCAAAAUCUACUGUCACUUAAGGGCAAGCUGGAUAUGCUGGAGGCGCAGAUAGAGCUGCGCAAGAACAUGCAGAAUCAACGCCUACGGAUGGAUGAGGAUGAGGAGGAUACGGGCAUUAUCUAUGUCGAGGGACAGGAGAGCGACGACGAGGCGCUGAACGCCAAGGCUACUCGGAAUGGGAAUCUCGAAGAUCUCGAGGAUGACAGCGAGGUGUCAGAUGAUAUGCCGAUGACCAACGGGGUGAUUGCAGACUCCGAGGAUGAGGAAGAGGAAAGCUCUCAGGACGAUAUGAUAGACGACGAAGCCGAGGAGACGGACGAUGACACUGGCGAUGAGGAUGAAGUCGACCACGACGAUGACGAUUUAGAGGACGAGAGCGAGGACGGCGAUGCGCCUCCCCCCACGAAGCUGCAGCGAUUGAGCGGCGCGGUGUCGAAGAAAAGAUAA